GAACCACCCCAUCUCUGAGAAGCAUGGAGAUGCCCAAUGUACCUCUGAGUCACAGAACGCCUUCUGCUGCACCUUAGUCCCUGACCACACCUGCUGCCAUCAGGGCUUGUGUGCUAGGUGAAAAUCAAUCAGAUCAAUAAAAACCCUUUUGGAGUUUUGUGGCUGACUCAGAGCUGCAAAAAGAAGAAGAAGAAAAGAAAAGAAACAGAGAGAAACACAGGCAGUUUCUUGCAGACAAGAUGACAUUUACCGGCUUCUUUACCUUCUGUAUGCUGAUGAACAUGCUAACAGAUGCUCGAUCCAUCCAGGAUGGAGAUGAUCCCUACCAGGAUGCUGCAGCCUUGCCCUACUGGCCCUUCUCAUCCAGUGAUUUCUGGUCGUAUGUGGAAUAUUUCCGGACCUUGGGAGCCUACAACAGGAUCAAUGACAUGGCCAGAGCCUUCUUUGCCCAGUUCCCUUUUGGGAGCCACCUUGGCUACCACGUGCGUGACCACGAGCACUGA